UGGCAUGCUAUCUGCCAUGGUGCAUGUGCACUUAAGUCAGCACACCACCUGAAAGGCUGCUGUCUACAAAUCUAAAAUAUUAUAUCAAACGAAAAAUCUGAAUAGCAUCUAUCAUCUUGUUUUUUUAGGCAGACAGACAACAUUGCAUUGCUUAGAUAGACAUGUAAACAAAAUAAUCAUCUUCCAUUUAACAUACAUGAUGGAGAUAAUUGCUUGUAGGUCCUACUGAUAAUGGAAGAAGAAGGAUUCUAUACUAAUUUGAUGAAUGAGGGGAACGAUUCCUUAGAUUGGGAUAGUUUGAGUACGAUGCCUGUGGAGGAUGAUAUGAGUAACCAGCUUGAUGAGAAUGGCAUGAGUAGCGAGCCUGUCACGCAGCAGUUCCCCACUAUUGAGAGGACUACCGUGGCUAGACCAAAUCAAAAAAGAUCGAAGAAUUUUAGUGAACAAGAAGAUAAGAUACUUGUGUCGGCGUGGUUGCAUGUAAGUUUGGAUCCAGUGCUAGGCACAAAUCAAACUCGUGCUGCAUAUUGGACUAGAAUAUACGAGCACUUAUACAAAACGAGUAAAUCCACACCAGAUCGCAGCCAGAAUUCACUUAUGCAUCGUUGGAAAACUAUACAAGAGAAUGUCAACAAGUUUUGUGGAUAUCUGAGCCAGAUUGAGGGUAGAAGACAAAGCGGGGUUAGUAUACACGACAAGAUUGCUCAGGCCAUUGCUGUAUUUAAGGAGUUGGAAGAUAAGCCCUUCCAAUUCCUGCACUGUUGGACUCUCUUGAGGUCACAAUCCAAGUGGCAUGAUAAGAUGAAGCAAAUAACAUCCCAAAAACCCUGUGCCACCAAAAAACAGAAGGCAAGCACAGAUGGUUUGGGAAAAGCUAUACCCACAAAUGAUGAUACUACCAAUCAUGUUAAUGAAGAUAAUGAACCUACAGAGACCGAAGAGCCGAAGAUCAAAUACCUUGCUGCAUGAUCAACUGAUCCAUGGAAGCCACCUCGCUGAGACCUUCGUACAUGUGAAGAAGCAACUGAACAAAUUGUGACCAGAUCAGAGAAUGGGAGGGAAAGAGAUGGCAAUCGUAGCUGCAGUUUAGAUCAGUGGUUUGUUAGAAAUUUAUCUAGGUUUACUAAGUCUGCAAUGCAAACUAUUUAUAUUCAGAAUUGUGUCUUUUUGUUUUGUCCGAAGUUGGUGUUAGUAGAUGGGUACUUCCCUUAUCAUGCCCUUGGUGUUAGUCUGUGUAAUGAAUCAGACUUUAUGAGAGCCUGAUGUUGCUAUUGACCUGUGGUAAUCUGUAUUGUCUCUCACUGAGAGCCUGAUGUUUGAUUGUUUCCUGGCAUGAUUGAAAAGCUUCUGGGGCCUCUACCUCAUCUGUGGCUUUUCAUGAUUGAC